AUGUCUCGAUUCUUCCGCCGCGGAGGCGACGAUAGCUCCAGCGACAGCUCCAGCGACGAGGAGGAGCUGUACUCGGAUAACGAGCAGCAAGACCUUCAGCAAGACGGCUCCGACCAGGAGGACGACUCGGACUUCCCCACGGACAGCGACGAUGACUCCAGCAGCGAUGACGAGGCUCAGGGAAAAAACAGAUUCUUGAAGGACGCCGACUCGGAUAGCGACGACAGCGACGACGAGGCCCGCGCCAAGGUCAGGAGUGCAAAGACCAAGUUCAUCGACGAACUCGAGGGUUCCAUCAAGCAGAUUGAGAACGGCGAGAAGAAUGGCGACUGGACGCUCAUUUCUAACGAGUUCGACAAGCUCACCCGCCAAAUCUCCAAACUGCCUGCCGCCAACAAGACCCCUAAGCCUUAUAUUCGCAUCCUUGCCGAGCUCGAGGACUUUAUGAACGAGUCCUUGGCCAAGCAAAAGGUUACGCCUAAGAAAAUGAACGCCAUCCAGGCUCGCGCUCUCAACGCCGUCAAGCAGAAGAUCAAGAAGACCAACAAGGAAUACCAGACUCAGAUUGACUCGUACCGCGAGGACAAGGACACCUUCAUGGAGUCCGAGGAGGAGGUUGAAGCCCCCAAGACUGCGAAGAAGACCAAGACGGCUACGGACGUCGAGGCUGCCCCCGAGGAGUUUGACGACGAGGGCUUUGCUACCGUCGGCAAGGGCGGUCGCACCCUCCAGUACACUCCGGAGAGCAUCUUCAAGCACCUCCGCGGUAUCAUGGAGACGCGUGGUAAGAAGAACACUGACAAGGCUGAGCAAAUUACCGUCAUGGAGAAACUUCUGGAGAUUGCCAACACCCCCUACCAGAAGAUCCGCACGCUCCUGGCCCUCGUCUCUGCCCGCUUCGAUCUUGGCUCCGGCACGGCUACUGCGAUGCCCCUCGACCACUGGAAGAACGCCGAGAAGGAGCUCUCUGCCCUUCUCCAGCUCCUGAGCACUGAGAAGGAAUACAUUGUUGUCGAGGCCGCCGAGGAGUGGGAUGACGAUGAGAAGCCUCCUGUGCUGGCCGCCGGUGACAAGUACAUCAAGGUCCCUGGCAGCAUCGUGUCCUACGUCGAGAGACUGGAUGAUGAGCUCACCCGCUCUCUGCAGAGCAUCGACCCUCACACUCCCGAGUACAUUGAGCGCCUCCAAGAUGAGAGCUCCCUCUACAACAUCAUCUUCCGCGGCAUGCUCUACUACGAAUACCUUCGCAAGGACACUACCCUUGAUAUACCCCAGGACAGCGUCAACCGCAUUGUCAUGCGCAGACUGGAGCACGUCUACUUCAAGCCUUCCGCCGUCAUCAAGACUUUUGAGGAGAACUGCUGGGAGGCCGCCGGCUCCAGCGUCGAGUCCGUCAUCACUUCCCGCAGCCAGUCUCAGGAUGCUAGCAACCUUGUCAACGUCCUCUGCAAUUACCUCUUCAGCAACGCCGACGGCAUUAUCCGUGCCCGUGCUAUGCUGUGCCAGGUCUACUUCCUUGCUCUGCACAACGAGUACUACAAGGCUCGUGACAUGAUGCUCAUGUCCCAUCUUCAGGAGAACAUUCCCAGCUUUGAUGUUCUUAGCCAGAUCCUCUACAACCGCACGCUCGUGCAGGUUGGUCUCUGCGCUUUCCGCAAGGGCCUCGUCUACGAUGCCCAGAACACACUUCAGGAGAUUUGCGGUAGCGGUAGACAGAAGGAGCUGCUUGCUCAGGGUGUCAUGAUUCAGCGAUACAACCAGGUCUCCCCCGAGCAGGAGCGCCUAGAGAAGCAGCGCCAGCUCCCCUUCCACAUGCACAUCAACCUGGAGCUGCUCGAGUGCGUCUACCUGACCUGCAGCAUGCUUCUGGAGAUCCCUCUGCUGGCCCAGACUGGUUCCUCUCCCGAUGUCAGGAAGCGCAUCAUCAGCAAGACCUACCGCCGCAUGCUUGAGUACCACGAGCGUCAAAUUUUCACUGGCCCUCCUGAGAAUACUCGUGAUCACGUCAUGCAGGCUUCUAAGGCCCUCGCUGCUGGUGAGUGGAAGAAGGCCAUCACCUUUAUCCACAGCAUCAAGAUUUGGGAUCUGAUGCCCGAUGCGGAGGAUAUCAAGACCAUGCUGUCCAAGCAGAUCCAGGAGGAGGGUCUGCGCACCUACCUCUUCACAUAUGCUCCCUUUUACGACACACUCGCCUCCGAGACGCUGUCGCAAAUGUUUGAGCUCGACGAUGCCAAGGUCACAGCUGUUGUCAGUAAGAUGAUUGCUCAUGAAGAGCUUGCGGCCUCGCUCGACCAGGUCACCUCGACCAUCAUCUUCCGCAAGGGUGUCGAGCUCAGCCGCCUGCAGUCUCUCGCUCUUACCCUCUCUGACAAGGCCAGCAACCUCAUCGAGUCCAACGAGCGCACGCUCGAGCAACGCACACAGGGUACGUCCAACGCCUUUGAGCGCCAGGGCGGCCGUGGCCGUGGCGGUCAAAGAGGCGGCGGCCGUGGCGGCCGCGGCGGUGCCCGCAUCGGCGGCAACACGCAGCGCCAGGCUGGUGGUACACAGUUUACCGGCGGCGCUCUGGGGGCUGCUGUUCGCGGUUAA